AGCAAAAAGGGGGGCCUUGAGCAGUAGGGGGGUUUUCCUUUUUUUUUUUCUUUUUUUUGGGAAAGAAGGGUAUUUUCCAAAUAUGGGUAACGAGGGGUAUCCGAGAAUAGAUGACGAAGCAGUGGGGAAGAUGGCCAACCGGCUAAGUGGUCUAGAUACAAUUCAUCUUCCACACGCGAUGGCGCGCAGAGGGGAUGAUGUGUCAAGGGAGGAGAAGAAAGAGCAUCUGGCAGAGCUUGUGGAAAGAGACAAGGCCAUUUUUCUUGAGAGGUAUGGAAAAUUGUUAAAUGCGGAAGAACUACGACAAUUCGAAAUUUUCAAAGAUGAUUAUGAAGUGAUGUGGCACGUCCGUACGUUGGCCAGGUGGAUGAAUCCGACCGCAGAACAGGCCAGAUCCAACUCCAUCACCGUUAAGAACCGUCGAUUUGCGUUCAUGACAAGACUGAUGAAAGAUGGAGAGUACUUCUCUGAAGAGGCCAUGAGGGAAAGAUCACCGCUUCUUCAUUAUCAGUACGUGGGCGCGUUUCAAGGUCAAGUUCAUUCCGGAAGAGUACAGCCGCGCCCUGGCGAGCGCUUGUCUGAAAUCCUAAUGAGACAGAGUAGAGAGGUCCGGAUCGCGGCGUGUCUGCGGAGUGAAUGUGCGGCAAUGGGUGAACCCGAACCGCAGUUCGCCGAUCUACAACAGGAGGAGGAGGAGGAGGAGGAGGAUACGGAAGAAGAAGAAGAGGAAGAAACAGAUCGAGAGGGGGAAGAAGGAGAAGAGAGCGAGGAGGAGGAGGAGGAGGAGGAGGAGGAAGAGGAGGAGGAGGAGGGGAAGAAGGGGGAGGAUAACACUAAAGAUACGUUGAAUCUGGACACAGAUGAUCAUCGGCAAGAUAUGGACGUCGGGGGACAUGGGAGUGAGGAGAAGGUUGAAAAAGAAGGAGAAAGACAACACAGGGGAGAGGAGGAAGCGAUGGAAGAAGGUAGUGGCAUGGUGGUCGAUAGUAAUGGUGCAAGACAGGUGAAUGCGCAAAACAGAGAGAGAGAAGGAGGGGAAGGAGAAGGAGGAGGAGAAGGAGGAGGAGGAGGAGAAGGAGGAGGAGAAGGGAAGGUUGAUGCGGGGACAGGCGAUGGUGAUGGAGAGCGUGAUUUGCACGAAGGAGGAGGAAGAAGCCAACCGCCUUCAGAUAUGGCUGUCCGAGGAAUGGAAGAUUUUACGCGCCUGAUGCAGGAAAAAUUUCUCGCGGGUGGAGACUGGGAACAUGUUGAUUAUCAGCAGAUCGACAACGACGUGUCACUGGAUGAUGAUUGGAUUGCACAAAUAUCGCGCGAUGCAGAAGAUCGGUAUUUUGAUGAUGAUUGAUUGAUUGAUUGAUUGAUAACGUUGAUGGGUUGAGUGGUUUGGUUGACCCACCGAUGAUGAUGAUGAUGAUGAUGAUGAUGAUUGAUUCAUCGAGCGUGUUACGAGAUGCUGAUGGUGAUCGUUAUUUUGAUGAUGAUGAUUGAUUGAUUAUUUUGAUGGGUUGAUUGGUUUGGUUGACCCUUCUAUGAUGAUGAUGAUGAUGAUGAUGAUGAUGAUGAUGACCAGGAUGAUAAUGAUUGAGUCAUCGAGCCUGUGACGACAUGAUGAUGGUGAUGAUAAUCAUGUGAUCAUCAUCAUCAUCAUCAUCAUCAUCACUGUAUGACGAUGAUGAUGAUUGAUGAUGGAAACAAUCAAUCAUAAUCAUCCUU